CUGCGCAUUAGCGGCGCGAUUAGCUCGGCGGCCGUGGCGAGCUGGGGGCUGCGCCCAGGUGCAGCCCGGCGGGGCGGCACGUUCCCUUCGCGGAGGCAGCGCGCUAGAGCCGGGCGGCGGGAGAGCGCGCGGGAGGCCAGCCGGGGAGGAGCUGGCUGGAGAGGAGGUGGAGGAGCGGGGAGGGCCGAGGGAGGCUGCUGCGCUCCCAGGGACAGCUGAGGUCCCCGCACACUCGCCCAGCGCCGCUCUCCGGCUCUGCCCUUUGGUGGCACCGCGCUGGGGGGGGGGGGGAGCCCAAACCCCGCAGCCGUGGCGGAACUGCGAAGGGGACGGAGCUGGGCAGCGCCGCUGCGGGCGCAUUUGACCACGAGGCUCCCCCAGGAGCUCCCCUGUCCACCCCGCUCCGCAAAUCCCCGAGGCGGGUGCCUGCGGGGGUGAGCCAGCCCCGGCCGGCCGCAGCGCGGGAGCCCCCACCGCGCACGAGGCGCUGACCCGGGGAGCAGCAGAGGCGAGAUGCCAUCCAGCCUCCGGGCACCGGAAAGUUUCGCAGCUCCGUGAGCGCGGCGGCAAACUGCCCCCACCUCCGCCCCCUUCUUCUGGCUGGGCGCCUGGGGCCCGCAGCGCAGCGCAGCUCCCGCGGGGCCUCCGCAGCUGCACGGCCUGGGGGGGUCUCUGGGGGCGAGGUGCGGGACCCGUGUGCAGGACAAGGGCGCUGUUUGUUCUCCUCCACCCUCCCCGGCUGUCGCUGGGGGGAGUGUGGGGGGUGGGAAGCCGCAGCAGCCAUGGAGCCCGAGGCGAUUGCGAUCCUCUUCCUGAACCAGAGCGAACCCCCCUGGGGGGAAUUCAACCUCUCGGGGCUCUCGGAGGAGGAGCAGGACACCAAGCCCCUCUUCGGCAUCGGCAUCGAGAACUUCCUCACCCUGAUCGUCUUCGGCGUGAUCUUCGCCUUGGGGGUGCUGGGCAACUCGCUGGUGAUCACGGUGCUGGCCAGGAGCAAGCCGGGCAAGCCCCGCAGCACCACCAACAUCUUCAUCCUCAACCUGAGCAUCGCCGACCUGGCCUACCUGCUCUUCUGCAUCCCCUUCCAGUCCACGGUCUACGUGCUGCCCACCUGGGUGCUGGGCGCCUUCAUCUGCAAGUUCAUCCACUACUUCUUCACCGUCUCCAUGCUGGUCAGCAUCUUCACCCUCUCCGCCAUGUCGGUGGACCGCUAUGUGGCCAUCGUGCACUCCCGCCGCGCCUCCGUCCUGCGGGUCUCCCGCAACGCGCUGCUGGGCGUGGGGCUCAUCUGGGCGCUCUCCAUCGCCAUGGCCUCGCCCGUCGCGCACCACCAGCGCCUCUUCCACCGGGACGCCAGCAACCAGACCUUCUGCUGGGAGCAGUGGCCCAACCCCCGGCACAAGAAGGUCUACGUGGUCUGCACCUUCGUCUUCGGCUACCUGCUGCCGCUGCUGCUCAUCUCCUUCUGCUACGCCAAGGUCCUUAAUCAUCUGCAUAAAAAGUUGAGAAACAUGUCAAAGAAGUCAGAAGCAUCCAAGAAAAAGACAGCUCAGACUGUGCUAGUGGUGGUGGUGGUUUUUGGCAUAUCUUGGCUGCCACAUCAUGUGAUCCACCUCUGGGCUGAAUUUGGAGUUUUCCCACUGACUCAAGCGUCAUUUCUCUUCAGAGUAACAGCACACUGCCUGGCUUACAGCAAUUCUUCUGUAAAUCCUAUUAUAUAUGCAUUUCUCUCUGAAAAUUUUAGGAAGGCCUACAAACAAGUCUUCAAAUGCCAGAUAGGUAACGAAUCACCUCUGAAUGAUGUUAAAGAAAGUAGAAGUCGGAUAGAUACAGCACCGUCUACAAAUUGUACUCAUGUGUGAGCAACAAUUAAAAAAAAAAUCCUGUCAUGUUGGGUUUUCUAGACUUCUAGAAAAAGCACAAUGAGCUCCCAAAAAGAGCUGCAGCUUCAGCUUUAGCUUAAUAACUGGUAGAAUUAAAAAAAUCAAUUUCCUUACAUUUAUCAGAUAACUGUGGCCAUUCUUAAUAUUAGACAUCUUUGUCUAGCGUGGUUCAAAUGAAGAUCUGUCCUUUGAAAGAUGUUCCAGAAAAAGUGGGUAAUGGUUUGUCAGUACUAGCCCUCUUAUUCAUUUAGUAGGAAAGCUAAUAACUUGCUAUUUAUAAAUAUUAAAGUACAGCAUAUUCCAAUUGCACCUAUAACACAAAUAUGUUAACAUAGAAUGCAAGUGUACAAUUCCUAAUUCAGUUCUAUAACGUCAUACUUUAUUCUAUAAAUUGUGUGUAUGUGUGUGUGUGUGGGGGGGAGAAAUGAGCUCUCACUUCAAAGAUAGGUAAUUAAUGGUGCAGUACUAUGAUUUCAAAAGAAGUGGUUAGAUUCCAAAGAUAAUUAAAACUUCAGUCAUCUCUUCAAGGUUGGUUCUGACAAUGGUUUUGUUUGUUUUUAAGCAAAUGUUGAGCAGAAAUAAUUUUCAUAUGCUGAAAUAAUUACUUAGAGAAGAAAUGCUAAACUAACUAUGUAACUGUAGAAUUUACACCAGGUUAUUGAGGCACUGAGGUUGUACUUUGUGUGCCUUGCCUGGCUGCAUAUACAAAACAAUGGUUACACCUUUAUAAAAUUUUGCUUAAGGCACUCACAUAGCAGUGGCAUAACAUAGGUUGAUGUAGUUGAAGUGGGAAGGGUUUGUUUCAGGUCUCUCUAUAUAUGCCGUUUCUAGUUAUUGAUAUAUAUCUAAAUACAUUAGCUUAAACAUUAAGUUAUGGAUAUGUUCAUACACACACACAGUGUUAUUCUUUGAAGGAAGCUUUAAAUGGGGGUUGAAAUUGUUGACAUUAGCAUUCCAACAGUUCUAUUAGUGUCUUAAUAUCAGACAGCUUAAUAGUUUUCAGUUGGAAAAAAUACAAUUAGUAUUUUUAAAACAAAUUAAAUGGUCCAAUCCUGUGGACAUUUAACUAACAUGAGUAGUUCCACUGACUUUAUUUGAGAUUCUCAGCUAGUGUAAAGUGGUGUACCUCCAUUGUCCUUAAUACAGAUACAUCAGUGUAUACCAGCUGACAUUCUGACCUUCUAAGUUUAAACUUGAUCCAGCUCUCACGGAAAUCAAUGAGGGUAUUUCCAUUGAUGUUAGUAGGAGUUGGGUUGGAUCCAUAUUACGUGCAUGAUUUUUUACAUUUUUCUCCAGUUAAUGAUGUGCCACAUUCCUCUUCUUCCUGAGGCUUAAUGUUUACAACAGGGCAGGUGUAGUAUCUUUUUGUGCGUAGUGGAAGAUGGCUGUGACAAAGUCAGUGAAAUUCCAAGCUAGAGGGUAUGGCUUAAUUCACACAAAAAUGUCUGCAUUUACACACUAAUUCAUGCACUCAGACAUAGUAGAGAAAUCAUCUUCCCAGAAAAUAGUACUGCAUAUAUAGAACUUUUGUUUAUUUAUUCACUUUUUCCUGUAUGUGAAUGGCUUACUUUGUUACAUAUCCGAGUGAGUACACAUGAAAUGGCAUAGAGUUAUUGUCCCACAUGCAAAGUGCAUUAUCAGAGUCAAAUUAAUUAGUAGGCAGCAGGUUUAAAACAAACAAAAGGAAGUAUUUUUUCAUACAAUGCACAGUCAGCCUGUGGAACUCCUUGCCAGAGGAUGUUAUGAAGGCCAAGACUAAAACAGAAUUCAAAAAAGAACUAGAUAAAUUAAUGGAGGAUAGGUCCAUCAAUGGCUGUUAGCCAGGAUGGACAGGGAUGGUGUCCCUAACCUCUGUUUGCCAGAAGCUGGGAAUGGGCGACAAGAAAUGGAUCACUUGAUGAUUACCUGUUCUGUUCAUUCCCUCUGGGGCACCUGGCAUUGGCCACUGUCAGAAGGCAGGAUACUGGGCUAGAUGGACCUUUGGUCUGACCCAGUAUGGCUGUUCUUAUGUUCCUAAAAUAGAAAAUGCUGAAUGUAGUUUGGGAGACAGCUCCUUCAGGGGCUAGUCUAAGACUGUGGACUGAAUUUCCAUAGGAACUAGGGGCAGCCGAAAACCUCACCACCUACUGCAUGGCAUGCAUCGUUGACCUGCCUUCUCUAACAUGGUAUACACAGCAACAUAUAUACAUAAAUGGAAUAUAUAUUUUUAAAAACCCACCAAAAGACUCCACCGCAAACAUAAUUCUUCCUCUGGGGAGAGUAUGAGAGAGUGAACAAACAUCAUGUGACAGGUGUUAGUCACAUACUACUGGAAGGGGCUUGCAUACUAUGGUGAAGAGGGGUGGUAUAAGAACCCAUAGAGAAUAGAAUGGAGAGAUCUUGCAACAUUUCUAUAAAGAUAUAAAGUUAUUUUGAGCAGUGGUUCUGAGAGUCUGUAUUACAAAUUCUGUGAUUGGCACAUUUUCACAGGACUGCACUGUAAUUAAAAAAUACAAAAUCUGGCAAAAGAAGGGAAUGUAAAUUCAUGCUAUCUAUGGGCACUCUUAAUUUAUAUUUUUGCAUAAUUUAUUUGCUUUUUUUCCCCACUGAAAAAAUAAAAUGACUGUUUAGACAGAACUACAGCUACAUUUGUUAACAACCUACAUCAAGAUAAAGAACCCUUUAUUGUAUUCAGGCUUUGUCACACUCACUACCGUAAUUAUAGAGCACUUCCAGCAUUUGGAGUGCUCUAUACCUCCAUACCUCUGCUUGGAAGUACCUGCUUUCAGUUUUUAAAGGCACUGCUUCUGGCAUUUUUAAUUUAUGAGUUUAAAAGUAAAAUAAAUACAUAAACUCAGUUAAGAUAUCUAAUUUGAUAUUUUAUUUGGAAAAAGCUUCCUUGUAAUGUUAAUCAUUUUAAAUUUUGUUGAUUAUUGGUCCAUAGUGGAUCAAUGAGUUUGAGCAUUUUGUGGAGGAAACCCUCCCUCACCUUCUUCCCAACAACAAAUGAAACAUCAAUUAGGCCCUGUGGCAUGGUACCUGGGCACUAAACUUCACUGCAGCUUCCCCUUCACCUUGCAAAAGCACUCAGGCCCACUGAAGUCAAGAUCAGACCCUAGAAGAAAGCUGCUUCAGAAAUGCAGGGUGGGGUGGGGUGGGGGUGGGAAGAAUGCCUUUGGGAAUGUGAAACUCCACCUCCAGAGUCACAGGGCUGGGCUGAACCCCAAGUUGUGGAGUAUUUGUGUUUGACUUUCUAAUUAGGCCAAAGUAGGGUUGCCAACUUUCUAAUCACACAAAACCAAACACCCUGUUUAGGCUGUUUCACACUGACUGUCUCUCAAAAAGUUUAGAAUUAAAGUGCCCAUUUAAUAUAUUCAAAACAUAACUUUAAUGUGAUACAUUGUUUUAGUACUAGGAGCUAUUCAAGUCCCCUUUAAAAUUGAAUAAGGACAAGAUCAUGCUUUCCAUAUUUGUCUCUGCAGAGUGGAUGGAAGGAUAGGAAAGUCCACUUCACAGGCCUUUAUUUUGUCAGUGAGAAAGAGGUUGAGGCAAAAUGGCAUAUGGCGAGGUAAAAGCUGUGCAGCUUCUCCUGCUCACAUGAGAGUGGGUCCUUCCUGCAGAAUUCCAAAGUCUCUAGGAAGAGGCUCACUCUUGCAGAUCUCACAUGGAAGGGAGGCUGCUGAUGGUUUCUUGCCAAAUAUUUUCACAUUAUGGAAUUUCUUUUUUCUCUUUUUCUCUUUAAAAAAUAACCUGAAAUUUCAUUAGAAAACUCUGCACUAAGAGAACUUUAAUGUUGCACAAAUAAGCAUUCAAUUUAAUAAUUUCUGAUUGUUUUAGGGUUUCUCAUUCAACCUUAGGUCUGCAAAUUUGAGUGUAUGCCUUAUUAAACCAGGAUUUAUUUACGUGAUCACAUACUCUCUAAAGUAAUACAAUGCGUCAUAAAUUGUUCUACAUGUUAGGUACACAUCUGUAGCAUCUUGUAAAACUACUACAGAAAUGCCAAACAAUCCAUAAAUCAUUUAUCUGAAAAUCAGAAAGUAAACUAUUCUUAAAUAAUCAUACUACACAAUAAGUGCAACUGCACUACAUUAUAAUAAAAUCUUGCUGGCAUAUCAGUGUCACCUACAUAUUCAGCUACAUUAGCUUCACAGGCAAUUGCUUCAUCUCCUGAAUUGCACCUGAGGAAUGCAGUCACCUUUUGGUUAAGAAAGUGGAUAAUACAUGGCUGCCGAUAAAUUAUUAAAAUACAUACUUAUAUUAAAAGUCUAAGUCGAUACAAACAUACUGGACCAUUGAGAGUGAAAAUAGUGUAAAUAUUCAAGAAAGAAAUAUGAGAAAAUGCUGUAUCUGUUUAUCUCAAGGAAGAGAAAAAAUGGAAAAUUAUAAUGGAUUAUUUGAGAAAUAAUGUGAGAAGGUAAACAGCAACUGCAUUGGAAUGCAUAUGCAAAAGAGGACAGAGUCAGGCUGGUGUGGGAGUCACCCUUAACAUUGCUAUUUCCUGACUUUUGAGUGCUUAACUGUGCCAUUUCAACAUUCUCUUAAUAUAGGGGUUUUUAUUAUGGAAUAUAUUGUGGCUUUGGUAGAUGAGUCAUUUUCAACACAUUAAAAGUGGUUUUCAAACUAUAAACUAGCUUAAUAAAACAGCUUACUUUUUUGGCAAGAUAAAACAUUUGAGUGAAGUGUUAAAACUCAUGGUCCUUCAAAUUUCGAUAGUCAGUGAUUUUGAACUUGUGCAUGUCUUUCCUAACUUUUGAAGCUUAUGGCACUCAUUUUUGUAAAAGAACAUUACUAUCUCCAAGAGAUAAGCACCAGGUGGACUGUGUUUUAAAAUGUUACAAAAAAGCAAUUUUGUUUUGAAUGCAUAAAUUGUGUGGACAGUGGAGAAAAUCUAUGUACAGUGAUAAUGCUAUGAAUGUGAUUAUUUUAGACUGCAUUAUGUUCGUGGCUGCUACAUACUUUGGUCUAUUUAUAUUGUGCCUAACAAUAGUUAUACAUUUUCAGAUAAGAGCAAAGAACUUCUAGUUUAGAGUAUUUGUACUAGUAUUGUGAAUUCAUUACAUACACAAAUUGUGAAAGAGCAGAUAAUUUAAUCUGUAUUUGUGUCAGUGUAUAGUUGACUUAAAGUACCAUGCAGCUGUUCUAAAUGAUAUCUGUAUUCUGCCUUAAUUUUAAAUACAUCUGUACGAUUUAUGUUUCUGCACAUAAUUGUAAUAUUAAAACAGUUUUAGUGUGUUUGUAUAACAA